AUGACGCCUUCCAUUCGGAAAGUUAAUUCUGCUGAAGAUGUUCGAAGAACUGCGUCGACUGGGCGCUACAGCCAAGGAACCACACCUUUGCAGCCUCAGGAGGCCGCUGACCUCGAGCCCGGCCUUCCAGACGGUUGGUCAAACAGUGCUUUGGCACAUCUUGGCGCCCCCAAUCGGCCACCCUGGCCAGACCGACCAACCAGGCCUCCCGUAUUCCCACUGCGCAAGAUGGCCCAAUCGGCUGCGUCCGGGGCCCCCGCGAGCCCUUAG